CAAAACAGUUUAACUAAUUAAUUAUAAAUCUAAUUAUUUUUGAUUUAAAAUAAAAAAAAGUAAUUAAUAUAUUAAUCAUGAAUAUUAUAUCAUGUAGUAUAUGGUUAGCCGGCCUAUUGUUGUUACCAGUUUGCUAUACUACUACUACUACUACUACAGUGUCCAGCAAAAUAACCUUGCACAAUCACUGUCUAAGUACCGUAUGGCCGCGUAUUGUUGGCCAGAAAAUUAACGAUAGCUACGAGCUAGCGAUUGGCCAGAAAAUAGAUUUGACAAUUCCGAUGGGUUGGUCGGGUCAGAUAUGGGCCCGAACUGGUUGUCUGGACAAAACCGGAUCAAAAUGCCUGACCGGUACACCCGAUACCCGAUCGGCAACUCAAGCCGUGUUCAAUUUUAGCGGUUCACGUGGACAGUUAGACAAAUAUUCGGUAUCGAUUGUCGAUGGCUAUAAUCUACCCAUCAGUAUCAAUGCCAUUGCCAAUACAUGGAUGACUGUUAACGGUAGCCGAUGUUCGUGGAAUGGCUGUACAACUGAUCUGAAUACAUACUGUCCCCAGGAGUUGGCAUUACUUAGUGGUACCGAUAUUAUCGGGUGUCAGAGUCCGUGUCGUAAGUUUAAUACAGAUGACUACUGUUGUCGGCCACCGUUUGUCCAGAAAGGUAUAUGCGAUGCCAGCAAAUUCAAGAAAAACUACCCGGCCCUGUUUCAUGGACACUGUCCCAAUAUGUAUACAUUGGAUCCGAUCUAUGAGGGAACAGGUAGCUUGUAUUCGUGUGGCGGUAAUCCUCAAACAUCGUUUGAUUUGUUUUUUUGCCCCGGGCCAUAUUGAUUCAAACAAUAAAUAUUAUUGUAAUAAUAUUUAAAA